AUAACAGUUGCUGCAGUCUGUCGGUGCACAAAUGUUUUCCACACUUAACACAGACAUAAUAGCAGAGUGCAAGGUACAUGUUUAUGUAGGUUCUAUUGCUUCGGGCAGUUUGAUGAGUCGUUGCCCUCUUGUGUUAAAUCUCAGCUACCCAUCUACAUCUGCCAACUAGAACUUCAGGUUUUGCAGGGACUGUGAAAGGGGUUUCUGAGUUUCAGUUUACUUAAAACCAGGGGAAGAAAGUCAUGGUGUUUGGGCAAUGCUGUCAUGAAAAUGUUUGGAAAAUACUUUGUUGAAAAGCGUGCGUGUACGUUUUUAAUGAUAUGUCUGUGCCUGAAAACCGAUAAGGUGGGUAAGUUUUCUUCCAGACCCCUUUGAUAGCCUCCUCUUGGUGACAUAGAAUUGGUCCUUCUGCCCAAAAGAUAAGUCGUUUUAUAAUGAGGACAAAACAUGGCGGGCAGAAGCCUGUCCCUGCCUCCCGCCCUUCAACAGGAGCUAAUCUGUGGAAUCUGUGAGGAGAUCUUCUCUACCCCAAAGGACCUGCCAUGUCUGCACACCUUCUGUCAGGACUGUCUCGAACAGAGGGCCAAGACAGGACAACCCUUCAACUGCCCAAUAUGCGAGACAAGGGUUGAACUGACCCCCGAGGUGGUGGAACAAAUGCCAGAAAACCCGGCCAUUUUGAAUAUCUGCGACCGAAUCCACAACCAGGCCGUUAUGCCCCAGCUUGAUGAUGAUUCCGAGGAAGAAGAUGAAGAGGCCAAGUCCUACACGUUUUGUAAAACGCACACUACAGAGAAGCUACAGCUAUACUGUGUGCAGUGUAAGGUACCGGCGUGCACGGAGUGUUUGGACGAAACCCACGCCGGACAUCGGAUGAUGACGCUGAGAAAGGCGCUCGACGAUCGAAAAGCGGUGGUCACCUCCUUCGUCACCCGGGGGAAGGACCUUGUCGAAAACUACUGCAGCUUUGUUCAAGGUUUGCGAGAAACGGAGAAGAAUUUACACGAACAGAAGAAGCAGGCGGACAGCAGCAUUAUCCAAGCGUACGAACAGAUGAUUAAGAAGCUGACAGAAACCAAGGAAACCAUGCUGAGGGACGUGAACAACAAACACCACCAGAAUCUACAGGCGAUUCGCCAGACCAGGGACCCCAUGCUGACCGAAGUCUACAAUCUCACCGUCGCCUGCGACGCAGUCAACGAAAACUUGGAUCACGAGAGGGCAGAGUUCAACGACCAGGAGAAGAACCUGAUUCGGGUCGUCAAGAUGGUCACGGAAAAGGUAGCUAACUCGCCAACGCCACUACCGACACCGCCGCUAACACCCGAGUUGUUAGAGUGGGACACAUGACUGUACAGGAUUUCUGAAGGACUUGCAAAUUUGUAAGAAAAGCUAAUAGUAAUAGAUGUUAACGUCAACUAUCUUUCAGAGUUUAUCAGGCAAAUGUGUAAGGGAACGUACAGGACCUAUGAAAAGAGUACUGGCAUGUCCAUCUGUAAUAAUUAUACUAACAGUAACUUUGCUUCAAGAAUAUCGUUACAAGUAUAAGGGUCCAUUUCCUGAAAUACAUUAAUGAGGAAAUGGAAUUCAGGAAAUGGAUUUGAAAAAGAUUUGCCUUGUCAAAAGUUUGUAAAUAAUGUGUACAGUCAGUGUUCUUUCAGUAUAGGCAGCCCAAAUAUGUUUGUAGGUUUUCAUCUGUGUUGGUAGUAACACUAAACUUUCUUCCAACAUAAACUUUCUUCCAAUCUUCAAUGAUCACUGUCGCCUUUUUAACGAUCAAUGAUUAAGGGUUAAUGACCCACCCCGAGGUGUAUAUGGUGUCAUAACGCCUGGGCAAAUCCAUUGUCAAAUAUCUGAAAAUUCACAUUUGUUCUUUGGUACAUACAUUUGUAAGGAGAUUACAGCUUGCAUUUUGAGACAAAUAUGUCCGCAGAAAAUAUUCAAAACAUUGCAGUCUUUGUCUUUUUAGAACAACAAACCUCAAUUUAACAGAAGGAUCCAUUCCCCCUUGCAGUUUGUACUUAUGCCCUCUGCUCUGGCAUAUGUUUCGCUCCUUUGAUUGGCCAAUGCCUGCAUAUCCCUUACACCGGUGUCGAUGUCGAUUCAUUCUGACCAAUCACAAGGAGCAAUACACACCGGGCUGGAAUCUAUGUGUUAUGGCGUCAUAACCAACAUGGAACGGGACCUUCUGAUUGGUCCACGGCACCUGGCUAUAUGAUAAUGAUCAAUAACAAUCCUGAAGAAGGCGAUAGGGGUUGUUGAAAAUUUGAUUCUUGUAUUACAUUUAUGUAAGUUGGAUGAAAGUUUAGCAUUAGUGUACUUAUCUAUGGAUAAAAGUCGAUGGAAACUUUUCAUCAGUAGUUAUCCAUCAUUAUGACAGAUUAAUUAGCUGAUGGGAAGAAUGUAUGCUGAUGUCAAUUUUCUGUAUUGAUUAUUUCUUCAUGCUAGGAUGUCUUUGCAUCAAAAUAAUCACUUUUUGAUUCGCCAGUCUUGAGGGAACAUUCUGCACUUGUGUACUUUCUAAAGUAAACAUUGCUAUUUUGUUUUAAAGUUUAGAGCAUUUGAUUUCUACUAUAAGACUUAUAAGAUAAAAUGAUUUUGGAGUCAUUAUCUGACCUAUGUUACAUGUAUCCUAUGAUACAUGUACAGUCAUGUAAAAAAAUAUUUUCCCACAGUUCUUGUAACUUUAAGGAUUGCAUUCUCUUCGAUCUUGGCCAUCUUCCAGAAUAUUUGAUAACAAUAAUGUCUGCUUUGAUGAUUUUUAUAUGUUGAACUUUUCAUAAGAAAAGCAAUGAAACAUGAUUACAUAAGUAAAAUGAAGAGA